AUGCCUUCUGCAAUAAAUACAAGCAGUGCCACAUUCACGAUUGAGCCUCUUCCUAAAGAUGCAUCAAAGAAAACAAAUUUCGGAGCAGUUAUCUAUGACCUAGAUCUUAGCAAUAUCAGUGACAUCGAUGUAGAUGCGCUCAAAAAAGCUAUUUGGGAACAUAAAGUGGUCAUUGUCAAAGGCCAGAAAGAUCUGCUCCCACUCAAGCAGUGGGAGCUGGUUACGCGUUUCGACCCGGACGCACCCAAAGUCCACUCGCACGGCAGUCUGAAGACGUUCAACAAACAGGGUGGCAUUUUGUCAGCAAGCCGUGAUGUGAUUGGAAUCCCAGGAGCUGAAAACGUUCGCUUGAUCGGCAAAGGCUACCAGGGAGCUGAUCAUUAUGGAAUCAAGGACAAGACAGUCAAGAAGCCUCUGAGCCAUGACUGGCACGCUACCGAACUCCCAGCUGAAGACUUUGAGAGCGGCCACACUCGCUUUCAAAGGUGGCACAUCGAUGCCCCUCUCUAUGAACGUGAUCCCGCAUGGUUUACUACCCUCCGGUGUAUCCAGCGACCUACAUCACCCAAGGUCACCGUUCACUGGGAUGAUGGAUCUGGGCAGACAUUGGAGACAGAGCCAGGAUUGACGGCGUUUUUCAGCAACGUGCAGACGUACGGCUUGAUGACACCUGAAGAGAAGGCGAUGGCCGACCACAGCUGGGUUGAAUACGCCCCGCACCCGUAUCAGUGGAUGGGUAGUUGUCGAGGCAAUCCCAAUGGUCUUGGUGUUGCUUCCCAAGGUUACGAGAAGUCGCUUGAGGAGCUUGGAGAGUGGAACCCCAAGUUUGUGAAGCGCUACCCAAUGGUCUGGGUGAAUCCGGUCACCGGAGAAAAGGCCUUUAUGGUCCAUGGCAUAUGUGUCCGUAAACUCUUCCUGAGGUCUUCAGCAACCGAGGAACCGAGGGUGAUCGACAACGUUGAAGAGAUUAGAAGCUGGCUCAAACCUAUACAGGAGCGUAUUCUGCGUCCGGAAUACAUUAUGCUUCCAGAGGUGGAGGAAGGUGAUAUUGUCAUGUGGGCCAAUUGGCAAUGUUUCCAUACCGCGAUUGACUACCCGGAUGCAUAUGGUCCUCGAACGAUGCAUCAGGCUAACGUGAGUGCCUCUUCGGCACCCGUUGGUCCUGUUCCAAUCCCAACUUAUGGAUGA